UAGAAAAUAAAUUCACAAAGUUAUAUCUCAAAAUGAAGAAUUGUUGGAGUUUGGCUAUAGUUUUGAUGCUUAUGAUGUUGCUAGCUAUGGUUAGCGCCGCGCCAAAUGCUCGUCAGUGCAAAAAAGAGAGGUCACUCGCUCUGAAUGCGUGCAAAAGUGUGAUGUAUGGUCGACCUCCAUCGUCGUAUUGUUGCCAACGAAUUCGUGUUAGCCAUACUAAAUGCAUAUGUUCUGUGAUCACCCCAAAAGUAGCUGCUCUUGUCAAUGCCCACCGUUUUUUAAAACUGAUCGAAGGUUGUGGACGCAGAGUUCCUCAUCACUUCAAAUGUGGAAGUCUUACAUUACCAUGAAAAAUGGUAGAAUGUGAUUAAAAGGGGUUGUGCCAUCUCUGCUCAAAGUCUAUGUUGGAUCAUUAAAUUUCAUAGGUAGCUUAUUUGGUUUAGCAAAAUGCUACUAGCUCGUGCCUCAAAAUUAAGGGUUGUAAGGAAACGUUUAGUUUAUCAUUCCAUCUUAUAUAUUUCGAAA